AUGUCGUUGGUGAAAUGGGCAGUCACGCACAUCGCACCUGUCUUCCUCGUCACAUCGCCAGUCACUUCCUACGCAGACCAGAUAUGGUCUAUGCACAAGCGCCGAUCGUCGGCAGGCUUCUCACUGGACGUACCAUUGAUCAUGCUGGUAGCUUCGAUACUGAAAGUCUUCUUCUGGUUUGGUGACCGCUACGACUUUCCGCUCUUGAUUCAGGCGGGCAUCAUGAUUUUUGUCCAGCUGCUUCUGCUUCGCGUCGCGUUGCUCUAUCGGCCACCUUUUGGAGCUCAGCAUAGUCUCAGCAGGCCGUUUCAAGGAGCAGACCACACCGAUGGCGGCAUCCCGAGACCAUAUAAUUUCUGGCAAUGGCGCCCGCAGAAGCCAUACUGGCAGUUCAUUCUCUACUACACUGCAGUCUUGGCAGCACUGCAGCUGCUCAUUGGAAGCAACACUGCGUACAUUGCUCUACAGGGAUACGUUGCGCUAUCCGUGGAGGCCAUUUUACCCAUCCCGCAGAUUUUGGAGAAUGAACGACUUCGAUCUUGCAAAGGCUUUCGAUUCAGCGUCUUGAUCAACUGGUUGGUGGGAGAUGCGUUCAAGAUGACUUACUUCUUCCUCUCUGAAGGAAGUGUUCCCUGGGCAUUCAAACUGUGCGGCAUCUUCCAAGCCGCCUGUGAUUGCUACCUCGGCGUGCAGUAUUGGAUGUAUGGUGAAGGCGAUCCAGCAGCAACCUUAGAAAUGGCCGAGAAGAAUACCAGGAUAGCUUAA